AACUCCUAAAAAAGAGUGUCAGUGAGUGUGUGUCAGAGAUAACCAGAGUUGGUCUCAGGAUGCCUGCGUACGCCACCAACAUGAGGAUGAAGUUUCCCAUCGUGGCCUUGGCUUUGGAGAUUAUCACCAUAAUCCUGUUUGGUGUGUUUGUGGUCUAUGAUGAUGGAAAAAGUCACGGGCAUGAGCCACACUCCAAUGAGACUCACCAUGAAGUGAAGCCCAUGGAUCUCUACCCCAUGUUUCAGGAUGUCCACGUCAUGAUCUUCAUCGGCUUCGGGUUCCUGAUGACCUUCCUGAAGCGAUACGGGUUCAGCAGCGUGGGUGUCAACUUACUGCUGGCUGCCUUCGGCCUGCAGUGGGGCCUUCUCACGCAAGGCAUCUGGCACCUGGAAGAUGGCAAGAUCAAAGUCAGCAUCUUCAAAAUAAUCAACGCAGACUUCAGCACAGCUACAGUCCUGAUCUCCUUUGGAGCCGUUCUGGGUAAAACCAGCCCUGUGCAACUCCUCAUCAUGACCAUCCUGGAGAUCACCAUCUUCUCCAUCAAUGAACAUCUGGUGGCCACAGUCCUUGAAGCGAAUGAUGUUGGAGCAUCCAUGAUCAUCCAUGCUUAUGGAGCCUACUUUGGGCUGGCAGUGGCUCGAGUACUUUACCGACCAGGUUUAAGAAACGGACAUGAGAACGACGGAUCUGUUUAUCACUCUGAUCUGUUUGCUAUGAUUGGAACCGUCUUCCUGUGGAUGUUCUGGCCCAGUUUUAACUCGGCCAUCGCUGAUCCGGGCUUCACUCAGCUCACAGCAGUGAUCAACACCUACCUCUCCCUGGCUGCCUGUGUGCUCUCUGCCUACGCCAUCUCCAGCCUUGUGGAGCACAAAGGAAAACUGGACAUGGUACAUAUUCAGAAUGCCACCUUGGCUGGUGGCGUCGCUGUGGGAACAUGUGCUGACAUGAACAUUGGGCCAUUUGGGGCAAUGCUGAUUGGAUUAGUGGCUGGCAUCAUCUCUACCCUGGGCUUCAAGUACCUAACUCCCAUCCUGGCAUCCAACCUGGGCAUCCAGGAUACCUGCGGAGUCCACAAUCUGCACGGCAUGCCUGGCAUCCUGGGCGGGUUGGCUGGUAUUGUAGCUGUGGCUUUGGGAAAAAAAAGAGGAGGUAAUGCUGCCAUGCAAGCUGCUGCCUUGGCUUCAUCCCUGGGUUUCGCUUUGGUUGGAGGUGCUAUUACAGGUUUAAUAAUGAAGUUGCCGUUCUGGGGACAGCCUCCAGACCAGAACUGCUUUGAUGACUCUAUUUACUGGGAGGUUCCUGAGGAGGAGGAGGAGGAGAAUGACGAGAGCUUGGCUCACGCCGAUCACUCAAAGAACAAAGCAGAGGUUUAAAUAUCUGCCAGAAAUGAAGAAGUAAAUGAUUAUUAAUCAGCUACACCAUGUCCGUGGAUGUGUAAUGUGAUUUAAAAAAACUAGACGAUUUACUCUACUCACCAACACAAGUCAAUUUUUGAAACUUUUUUGUGAGCAAAGAUCUACAGCGUUGUAUUUUUUCAUCAUAGUACAAUUUAAAUUUGUAAUCAGGAUGGGCAGUGAAUGUUUUACACAACAGAGUCUUCAAAAUACACAUAAUAAAAAUUGUCAACAUAAAUAUUCAGUUAAUCCCAUUUACACUCACACAUUCAGGGAUUUCUUUUGCAUUGAAAAUUGUGAUCAAUAACCUUGAAAACCCAGUGGGUCAAACCAUAAAUCCACUGCUGAUACACAACUACUUACAUAAGCUUUUUUAUUUUAUUUUUAUAUUAUGAAAAACAUUAAAGCAUGUUUUCAGUAUAGUGUGUAUUUUUCUUCAUAUAAUCUUUUAUAUUUCCAUACACCUGGCAUAUGUAUUUUUGCUGAGGCUCAGGUCAAAGAGAAGAGGAGUUAGGCUAUGUCCACACACACUCAGGCGGUCCAGCAAAAACGAAAGUCUCUCCAUUCAUUUUGACUGGGGGUAGUGCGUUUAAGCUGUGGCGGUGGGGGGGUGCCGAAAAAAACUGCAACGGCCUGCGGCGUGGUGAUCAGACUUGUCAGUGUGUUUUGAGGCAGUGUGAGAGUCUUUUUAAAUUAUAGUGUGGUCUAGACCUACUCUAUCUGUAAAGUGUCUUGAGAUAACUAUUGUUAUGAUUUGAUACUAUACAUAAAAUGUAAUGGAAUUAAGAGUCCCUUAGAGUAAACAUCCCUGUAUCUAUCGCUGCCACAAGAAAGUAAAAAAGAAAAACUAGUUUUCUGCACCAAUAAAGCACAAUGCUCCAUCUCUUUUCUUUCUCUCUUUCUAUAUGAAAUAAAGCUGCCUUCAAGAUCUAUAAAUGAUCUGACGGAAAAUUGUAAAAUAUAAAGUCUACUUGUGCUGCUUUAGGGGCUUAAAGAACGCAACAGUACGUCACACAGAUGGGCCUUUUUAGUGAUAUUUCCACAGCCGCAAAACACUGCGGAUCGCUAGCUUUGGUCUCAACGUGCCCUUAAACCUGCUUCACAUCACCUCACUGGAGCCCAAUCCUUCUGCAAGGAGUCAGAGUCAUACUGUGUGAAUCCAGCAGUGAGGCUCUGACAUGGGCAGGGAUAGUUGCAUGAUAUGUUGUAACUAAUAAACCUUUUUGUUGCUUAUUUCUCACUGCUUACAAUAAUGUUUUAUCUAUCUGAGGGCAGCUGUACAAUUUAUUUAAUGCAAUGAGUGCAUUUAGCAUUAGACUGGCUGUCAAUGGGCAAGCUGAAGUUCAUUUUUGUGUCCGCUUUCUAUUUACAUCCAGUGUAUUCUUACAUGUACAUACAGUUUAGCUUUUAGAUGGAUUGACAUGGUCAGUUUUAUCAAAGUCCUGCAAUGUUAAAAAAAAGUGCAACGGGUACUGAAUAUUUUUUAGAUGCCUUAAAAAGAAUUCAACAGGAACUUACAUACUGAGACAUAAGAAUUGCUUACCAUUUUCUUUAUACUAUUAUAUGCAUCACUUGGAAUCAGUUUUUGUACCUGUUUUCUCUAUAGGUGACUUCCUGUUGGAUUAUUUUUCAUUCUGAGUUGUGAACAGUCACACCUGCAACUGUGUAUAUCACAGGAUUAGAGAGCAGCCAUUUCUUGCUUUGCAUAAUCUUUUUAAGCUGCAAUGUGUCUGAGUGUCAAAGGACAGUUUUUUUUUGUGUUUAACAUUAAAACAUAGCACUGCAGGGCUAGAUGGAACUGACUAUACAGUAGUGUUAAUCAAUUUUGGUUUGUCAAAUGGUUUAUGAUGCCCAGAACACUGAAGCACAUCAAGAUUUUGUAUUUUUAUACUACGUGUGCUUAGAUGUGCUCGUAUUUGUAUAAUAUACUAAUACUGUCAUAAUAAAUGUGUUUUUGUACAA